AUGCGGGCAUGGUGGCGCCGUAAGCCCUUAACAACAUCGCCGUGGUCGUGGUCGUGGUUGGUGCCAUUGUGCAAGGAGAUGGAGAAUUGGGCCAGAUAUGAACCAAAACUAAGUGAGGAAAUUGUUAAUCAUAUACUAAAGAAGUCCGUUUAUACAUCUUCAAGUGUAGUCAAGGGCGUCAUAGGAAUGGAUUCCCGCAUUCAUGAUUUAUUAAGCAAUUACAUAUAUCCGAAGCUCGCUGGGGUGCGUUUUAUAGGGAUCCAUGGCAUGCGGGGCAUAGGUAAGACAACACUUGCUCGAGCUAUCCAUGAUCAAAUUUGUCAGGAUUUUGACCGAACCUGCUUUCUUUCCAAUGUUAGAGAAAUGUCUAAAAACAAUGGCCUAGUUUCUCUACAAGAAAAACUUCUUUCCAGAAUCCUGAUGGCAAAAAUUGAAAAUAUAGACGAUGAAUACACAGGAGCUGCUAUGAUAGAAAGGCGGUUGUGUAGAAGAAAGGUGCUUGUUAUGAUUGAUGAUGUGGAUCAGUUGACACAAUUAGAGAAAGUGGCUGGAAGUCGCAACUGGUUUGGUCUUGGGAGUAGAAUUAUCAUAACCACCACAGAUGUUCAGUUGUUAAAGGCACAUGAUGUUGAUGCUACAUACAAGGUUAACGGGUUAAACUGUGAUGAAGCACUUCAACUUUUGAGUUUGAAGGCUUUUAAGAAAUAUCCCCCACCAGAAGAUUAUUUUCAUCUGUGCAACCUUAUUUUAGGGUAUGCUCAGGGGCUUCCGUUGGCUCUCAUGGUUUUAGGUUCUUUUCUGUUUGGUAGAAGCGCUGAUGAAUGGGCAAGUGCAAUAGAUAGGCUAAAGAACACACCACAUAAACAUAUUAUUGAGUUGCUUCGGAUUAGUUUUGAUGGACUGGAUGAAAAAGACCAAGAAAUAUUCCUACAUAUCGCUUGCUUUUACAAGGGGAAGGAUAAGGAUCGUGUGACACAAAUACUAGACUAUUGCCAGCUAAACCCAGUCAUUGGUUUGAGUGUUCUUGCUGAUAGAUCUCUCAUAACUAUCUCCAACAACGAACUGUGGAUGCAUGAUUUGCUACAAGAAUUGGGCUGGGAAAUUGUUCGUGAACAGUCUCCCAAAGAGCCAGGCAAACAUAGUAGAUUAUGGUCUCAUGAAGACAUCAACAAUGUGCUGAAGAAAAAUAAGGGAACAGAUUCAAUCCAAGGCAUGGUAAUGGAGUUGACUAAAUUACAAGCGGCUCAUUGGAAGCCAGAAGCCUUUUCAAAUUUGUCUCAACUUAUUCUUCUCCAUAUUCGUAAUGUGGACCUUCCCAAAGGCCUCACUUGUCUUUCUAAUUCCUUGAGACUCCUCGAAUGGACUGGGUAUCCCUUAAGAUCUCUCCCAAAAUUUUUUGAAGCAGAUGAACUUAUUGAACUUAACUUGUGCCACAGCAACAUUAAACAGCUUUGGAAGGGAACAAAGAAUUUCGACAAGUUGAAGUUCAUCAAACUCUGCUGUUCUCAAAACAUUGUGGAGACACCAGAUUUCGCAGGUGUUCAGAAUCUUGAGACUUUAGAUCUUGAAGGAUGUAAGAAUUUGGUAAGAAUCCAUCAAUCCCUUGGAUUUCUCAAAAAGCUUAUUUUCCUAAAUCUUAAAGACUGCAAAAGUCUCAAGAGUCUGCCAAGUAGAAUUGAAAUGGAAUCUCUUGAAACACUAAUUCUUUCUAACUGCUCAAAAGUUAAGAAGAUUCCCGAGUUUGUUGGAAAUAUGGAACGUUUGUCAGUGCUUUAUCUUGAUGGGACUGCCAUUAAGGAACUACCUAUUUCAAUUGAACGGCUGAGUGGCCUUGUGUCAUUGAAUCUAAGCAACUGCAGAAAUCUUGUUUGUCUCCCAAGCACCAUCAAUAAACUGAAGUCUGUUGAAAAUCUUAAUCUUUCUGGAUGCUUGAAACUCGGCAAACUUCAGAAAGUGAAUAAAGAGCCAUUGAGUUUCCGCUUGCCUAUAUCUGGUCUAUGUAAUUUAACAUAUCUGAACCUGAGUAAUUGCAAUCUUGGUGAAGGAGCAUUUGCCAAUGAAUUUGGUUACUUUCCCUCUUUGGUGACCUUGAAUCUAAGUGGAAACAAUUUUGUUCGCCUUCCUUCAGGCAUUCGAUUGCUUUCUAAGCUUGAGAACUUUAACUUGGAGAAUUGCAAGAGACUUCAAGACUUGUCAGACCUUCCAUCAAAUAGUAUACUUGAUUUAAGGGCAGAAGGCUGGAAUCUCUAA